UUUGUUUGGUACAACAAAUAAUAAUAAUAAAGUGAGAAAGUAUAAUUAAUAGAGUUUGCUUCACGUUUGAGUUUACAAAGUGUAACGAGACGUCAGGAGAAUUUGUAUCGGGUCGCAAGUGUCACCUUAGUGGAUUUUGUCUUGGCUUUGUAGCUUUUGACCUUUUCGCAGCCAGCGAAUCACAUCGCUACGUUACAGUGCACCUAGUCGUCUCUGAUCACCCCCACAGUCUCAAAUAUUAGAUCCGACCCGGGACGGACAUUUCUCUGAAGCUUCGUUUUUGAGAGAUUCGUAUUCCUCCUCUGUUCCAUAUGAUUUAACAAUUAUCCUCUUUGUCCUUCGCCAACUUCUUCCGCUCUUCAAACUUCAUCCAGUUUGUCUUGAGGUUUAUCUGGAAAAAUAAAGAUGGAAGUUUGCGGGCAUCUGAAUCCUGAUAACUUAAAGAACCGUCCCUUGACUCCGAUUAGGAUUCUGAGGGGUCUGAUGAUCCUACUGGUCUUUCUGUCUACUGCUUUUAUGUUCCUGCUCUACUUUUCACCAGUAGCUGCUCUAGGGCUACGGCUUCUGAGUGUGCAUCAAUCUAGGAGAGUUAUCUCGUUAAUCUUUGGUCUCUGGCUAGCUUUGUGGCCUUACCUGUUUGAAACGGUUAACGGGACAACUGUGGUGUUCUCUGGUGACAGCAUUCCGGGUGAGAAACGUGUUUUGCUUAUUGCAAAUCACAGAACAGAGGUGGAUUGGAUGUAUGUGUGGAACAUUGCGUUGAGAAAAGGGUGUCUUGGCUACAUCAAAUACGUUCUUAAGAGCAGCUUGAUGAGAUUGCCUAUUUUUGGCUGGGGUUUUCAUGUUUUGGAGUUUAUACCCGUGGAGAGGAAGCGGGAGGUCGAUGAACCUGUUUUGCUUCAAAUGCUUUCAUCUUUUAAGGAUCCUCAUGAACCCUUAUGGCUUGCUCUAUUCCCAGAAGGAACCGAUUUCACUGAAGAGAAAUGCAAGAGAAGCCAAAAAUUUGCAGCAGAAGUUGGUCUUCCAGCAUUAUCAAACGUACUUUUACCAAAAACAAGGGGUUUUGGCGUCUGCUUAGAAGUUCUUCAUAACUCAUUGGAUGCAGUAUAUGAUUUGACUAUCGCAUAUAAGCCUCGCUGCCCAUCUUUCAUGGACAAUGUAUUUGGGACGGAUCCUUCAGAAGUUCACAUCCACGUUCGGCGAAUUCCACUGAAGGAAAUUCCAGAUAACGAGGCAGAAUCUUCUGCUUGGUUAAUGGAUUCAUUUCAGUUAAAGGACAAACUGCUAUCCGAUUUCAAUGCUCAGGGACAAUUUCCCAAUCAAAGACCAGGAGAAGAACUCUCUCUUCUGAAGUGCAUCGCAACUUUUGCAGUGGUAAUAUCUUUGACAGUACUAUUCAUUUAUCUGACCUUGUAUUCACAUAGCUGUUUCAAAGUAUAUGCUGGUCUAAGCGGCACAUAUUUAUCGUUUGCUACUUAUUACAAGUUCCGACCCUCACCUGGCUGUUUUAGAGAAGAUACUUGUAAAGUAAAGAACCAGUAACUUUGUUGUACAUACAAUUCUUUCUUUGUAUACAAAGAAAUAAUAUCAAGAAUUUACAGGCAGAAAAGAUUUUUGGGAUGCUUA